AUGCAAGCUCCGUUUAGCCCGGCGUUCGGCGGCGGAGCGCGCGGCGUCGCCGGGGCAGGUGGCCCGCCGCCGGGAGGCGCGCCGCCGCCGCCGACAGCUCAAGCAGAGACACGAGGCGCGCCCGCCGCCCGCGGCAGGUCAAUCGAGCGCAAACUCCGUUUAGCCCGGCGUUCGGCGGCGGAGCGCGCGGCGUCGCCGGGGCAGGUGGCCCGCCGCCGGGAGGCGCGCCGCCGCCGCCGACAGCUCAAGCAGAGACACGAGGCGCGCCCGCCGCCUGCGGCAGAACCAGAACCAGAAAAGCCGAUGGAAACUGAGACAGAAAAGGAACAACAAACACCACCGAGCCCCGGAGAGAUACUGGACGACUCUAAAGACGCAGAAUCAGCAGAGCGCUCCGCGUCACCUCUCUUCGGCGCCAAGACCGAAGGCCGAAAACGGAACGUCGAUGAUCGUCGGCAGAACGCAAUGGCCGCCCUUCGAGCCCAGAGGGACGCCAAAGCUACCAGAGUGGAAAAAGACAAGCAGAAGAGAAGAUUGGAAGAAGAGAAGAACAAGGAUAAAGAAGAGGAAGAUGACGCUGACGAGCUUAUUGGCGGCUCCGGCAAGCAGAGCGUCAAGCUGAAGGCGUCUGACAUCUACUCCGACGACUCGGGCUCAGACUCGGAGGAUAACAAGUCUACAGGAGGUCGAGAACCCACUCAUUCACUGAAGAACUCAUUCACUCACUCACUGAAGAAACGCGAGGAGGUCGAGGUCAAGUACGCAGACACUCGCGACCAGAUCAACAAGCUUCGGCUUAGCAGGUUCAAACUGGAGCGUUUGGUUCACCUUCCGUUCUUCGCGCGCGUGGUGACGGGAUGCUUCGUCAGGAUCGGGAUCGGGAACAACAACGGGAAUCCCGUCUAUAGGGUAGCAGAAAUCAUAGACGUUUAUGAGACGGCGAAGGUAUACAACUUGGGCAACACGCGCACCAACAAGGGACUCAAGCUCAGACACGGGACUCAAGACCGAGUGUUCAGGCUUGAGUUCGUCAGCAAUCAG